AUGGUGCGGGGUCUCCUGGAAGAGGAAACCGGCCCGCCCGAGCUCAAUGGCUCCCCGCUCUCUCUCCCCGCAGCCGUGUUGAAGGCCGAGCAGGCGGCGGUGUUUAAAUUCCCACUGGCUCCGCUCGGCUGCUCCGGGCUGGGCUCGGCGCUGCUGGCUGCGGGGCCUGGACUGCCCGGUGCGGCGGGCGCGCCGCACCUGCCGCUGGAGCUGCAGCUCCGCGGGAAGCUAGAGGCGCCAGGCACCGGGGAGCCGGGCGCCAAGGCCAAGAAGGGGCGUCGGAGCCGCACUGUGUUCACCGAGCUGCAGCUGAUGGGCCUAGAGAAGCGCUUCGAGAAGCAAAAGUACCUCUCCACCCCCGACAGAAUAGAUCUCGCCGAGUCCCUGGGCCUGAGCCAGUUACAGGUGAAGACGUGGUACCAGAAUCGGAGGAUGAAGUGGAAGAAAAUAGUGCUGCAGGGUGGCGGCCUGGAGUCUCCCACCAAGCCCAAGGGGCGGCCCAAGAAGAACUCCAUUCCCACAAGCGAGCAGCUCACGGAGCAGGAGCGCGCCAAGGAGGUGGAGAAGCCGGCGGAGGUGCCGGGCGAGGCCGGCGACAGGAGCCGCGAGGACUGAGCGCGGCAGAGGGUGCAGGCCGGGGACCUUCACGCUGCCCGCGGCCCCCUCAGCCCGCGGGAAGCCGCGAGCCGGCCCUUCCGCGUCCAUGUCGUUUGCUUUCUAAACGUUUUAUUAUUACCUUGAAUGCGGACAGUUAGGGGCCCAACAAGGAAGGACACAGACCCUGAAGCCAAACCCCGGCCCCAGUGCGCUCUGGGCCCUAGCCUGGAGACUGGCGUCCGGCGCGGAGGAGGGUCAUCUCCGCCCGGAGCUCCGCGGCGCCGGGCGCUCCACGCGCAUUCACGCCCGCCCCUCUCCCGCACCCCCACCCGCCUCGGCCGGCCCUCCGCGUCCGGACGCCGCCAGGCACACACCCGCUUCCGCGCGUCGGGGACCCCGCGGCCCGGAGCAGGCCACCACGGCCGGAGACGGCGCCCGGACAACCCGGCGCUCGGCUCUGCAGCCGGGUCCCCGACGUCGCUGGGGUCCCCACCCCUCUCCUGCGAAGACGGUGAUUUUUUUUUUUCCAAUAAAAUAUUUUAUGACAC